ACUUCGACUGCAGAACAGGCCGCCAUGCUGUCCAUCGUAGAUCUGAUCAGGAAGAAGAGGGACGGAGGUCAGCUGACCGAUGAGGAGAUCAAAUUCUUCAUCGAGUCUGUAACAACCAAACGGAUGCAGGACUGCCAGAUCGGGGCCAUGCUGAUGGCGAUCUGGCAGCGAGGGAUGGUGGCCGCGGAGAUUCGCACGCUGACCCGGGGGAUGAUGGUAUCUGGGGAGGUGAUGAGGUGGCCGGACGACUGGAAGAGGCUGAUGGUGGACAAACACUCAACUGGAGGGGUGGGGGACAAAGUGAGCCUGGUGCUGGCGCCGGCGCUGGCGGCUUGUGGCUGUAAGGUGCCGAUGAUCAGUGGGCGGGGCUUGGCUCACACCGGAGGAACUCUGGAUAAACUGGAAUCCAUUCCAGGAUUCAGCGUCCAGCAAUCAGCCGACCAGAUCCGGACCAUCCUGGCCGCCGUGGGCUGCUGCAUCGUGGGUCAGACGGAGAUGCUGGUUCCGGCUGAUCGGGUUCUGUACGCUCUGAGGGACGCUACCAGCACCGUGGACAGCCUCCCACUCAUUACUGGUUCCAUCAUCUCAAAGAAAGGAGCCGAGUCUCUGUCCGCUCUGGUGCUGGACGUGAAGUUCGGACGCGCGGCGCUGUACAAAGACCUGCAGAGUGCCAAGCAGCUCGCUCAGCUCUUAAUGGAAGCAGGCGACAGCCUGGGCAUCCGAACGGGCGCCGUGCUGAGCCGCAUGGACGGGACGAUCGGCCGAUGUGUGGGAAACAGCCUGGAGGUGAUCGAAUCCCUGGAGACGCUGAAGGGAAACGGACCCGACGACCUGAUGGAGCUGGUCACGACACUCGGUGGAAUGCUGCUGGAGAUGACGAACCUGACGCCGGGCCUAUCAGAGGGCAGAAAGCAGAUUUACGACGCUGUGAUUGGUGGAGCUGCCUUGUCUAAAUUCGAGGCCAUGAUGACGGCUCAGGGCGUGGCCAAUCAGACGGCCCGGACGCUUUGCUCCACCCACACAGAUUACUACAGCGUCCUGAGGAAGUCUGACCAUCAACUGGAACUUAAGACUCCUACAGAUGGAGUUGUUGUAGGUGUGGAUGGUUUGGUUCUGGCUCAGGUUCUGCAGAAAUUGGGGGCGGGGCGAUCGAAGGCAGGGGAGCCAAUCAAUCACAGCGUGGGGGCGGAGCUUCUGGUGUCUCCCGGUCAGACUGUACAAAAAGGUGCCUCCUGGUUGCGGAUUCAUUAUGAGGAUCCGGCUCCGGGUCCAGACCAGAUCAACCUGCUGCAGAAAGCUCUGACUGUAGGAAAAAACAAUAACAGCGAAGCAGAACAUGUGUGCACUUUAGUAGCAGAAAUACUGCCGCCUCACCGUGAGAUUAUGUCACACUGAUCCACACUGUAUGGUUUCUGUUACAAUCCUAACAAAAAGUAGCAAAUCUUCAAAUCAAAAAGCAGUUUCUGUAUAUCUUUCCAUCUACCCAUUAAACUUCCACCUUUUUAGGUAAUAACUUUUAAAUUUUGUUAAACUUAAGGGAUGCAUAUACUUUUUCAGUGUGCCGGGAUUAUAACACAAUUAAAUUGAAGACAGUACAAUCGUAUUUUUGUUAGUUUACUACCAAAACAGUAAUUCAAGGACUUUACAAAAGAACAUUCAAAGAUAAUUGCAAAAUAAAAACAAUUCUAAGUGUAUUAAAUGGAAGAUAAAUAAAGAAAGCUAAGUUUCAAAAUCAUUAUUUUAGUGACAAACCUUUCCUUUCUAGUAAUCAAUAUACGUCUCUUCAGAACAUUGUAUGUUUGGGUUCUUGGCGCCCUCUGCUGGACAGUUAGAAAAUACGCAGCAUGCUGUGAAACGUAAGAAAAGAAUAAUUUCAACUAUUUUCAAUAAACUGACCGACGUCCCAGAUAGACUGCCUCUAAUUUUAUACAGCAAUCAGUAGCAUAACAGAGCACGAAACAAAUGAAUGACAACAAAUAUUGGAGGAAAAUGUUAAGCGACAACACGCAUAAUCUUAAUUUUAAAUUAAGAAUAUUUUUAUGUGCAUCAGCGUAAAAGGCGCACAAUUUGUCAAGGAGAUGGCGAAUAGUAUAUACACUAAGACGUAAAGCGGAAAAAAAUAAAAACAUUUUUAAAAAAGGUAACUUCUCCCCGUCGGGGAAUCGAACCCCGGUCUCCCGCGUGACAGGCGGGGAUACUCACCACUAUACUAACGAGGAAGUAGCGAUAUUUAACGUCAGUACACUUUAUAAAGUUCAAACUACUCCGUUAUGGUCGUGACGUUUUCUCGGCUCAUGUCGGUUGGAUCGCUUCCCAGUCACUGUCGGAUCUUGUCAAAACUGAAAGAGAUGCACCGGUAUAUUGUGAAUGUAUUUGAGAAUUAAUUUAACAUUAUGUUUUAAUAAAAAUACAAAAUAAAACCUUCAGAAUUUCUCAGUUCCACAGAAACAAAUCUGUCUCACACAUUUUUUUUUAAAUACCAGGGUCUUAAAGUAAAGUGAAUCUAUGUGUCCUA